CUGCAAAGCCUUGAAUCUAUGUCGGCGGAGCAGCUCAAGGAGCUCAUCCCUUUCCUCCACGAACAAAACCCGCAAGUCCGCCAGAUCGCCCUCGCGAAUCUGGUCGGGCACACCCCGAAGGACGCACCAAACCGCCAGAUCUUCUUUGCAGGGCUGAGUGGAGGUGGCUUGCAGCAGCAAGGAGACAACCAGAUUAUUCGGGACCUCAAGUUGCUAUGUCGCGAUCAACUUGCAACCGCUCAUGAUGCCUUCAGGGCUCUUGUGAACCUGUCAGACUCUCCUCUGAUGCUCGGACCUCUCUCAGAGCCGUCUUUCGUCAAUUUUAUUGUAUCAUACAUCCUUAACCAUCAAGCGACACUGGCUGAUCUCGCGUCAAUGCUCUUGUCUAACCUCACCACCUCAACAUCAGUGUGUUCCACGCUUCUCAAUCUAACUGUAUCGAUACUUCCGGAUCCAAAAUCACCGACACUGUAUUUCCCUGUACAAUCUCAAUGCGGCACAUGCCCUGCGCCUGUGCCCUACCCUGCCGGAGAGCCACGGAGCGUGGGCGCGCUGCCUCUACUCUUGGAUGCCUUCGUACAAGGCGCCGCCGCAGAGGAGACGGAAGACAAAGAGAAGCGCAUCAGAAAAGGCACUCUGCACUUCCUCUCCAGCGUCUUCGCAAACCUCAGCACGACACCUACGGGUCGCAUGUUCUUCUUGACGCCUCUCCCUACCGAUCCAUUGAAGUCCGAAGGAGACCUGGAGUAUCCCCUGACUAAGCUCUUAGGCGGCGUGGCGUCGACGAUCAAAAAUUGUGCCUUUCAUGUGCAGGCUCAUCGCGCUCUGCUAUCAUCAGAAUCUGAACGCGUCGCAGUGCCGCCUUCCACUGCAGAAGCAUCAGGAAUGGACAUAUUGCCUUAUGUUCUCCUUCCCCUCGCUGGUCCAGAAGAGUUUGACCUUGAGGACCAAGAGCUACUCCCGCCAGCUCUACAGUUCCUGCCAGCAACAAAGACCCGAGAACCGGAUUCCGUGCUUCGUCUGACACAUGUCGAGACCUUGCUCUUGCUCUGCACAACGCGCUGGGGCCGGGACUACAUGCGAAGUCACGGAGUGUACGAGAUAGUCCGUGCCCUACACGAGAACGAACAGGUCGACAAGAUCUCGGAACAUGUCGAGCGUCUGGUGAACUUUUUGCAGCGGGCUGAGGGACCUGACACCCAGGACGAUACUGCGAGCGGGAUUGUGGAGGCUGCGGAGGACGCGGAAGCAGAUGAGGAUAGUAGGAUAGAGGAAAUAUGAAGAGUCUUCCCACUAGACUAAUUUGGUAGAGGUUGCAGUCCUUUUAAUGCGUGUCUGCCCAAUGUGGCAUUAAUAUCUGAGUCAGUCCUU